AUGUUGUCGGCGGCUCAGUUCACUCUCCCUGUUGGAGUUGGAUUCAUUGGGGCUUUCAUCAAUGGCUGGAGAGACCGGGUUACGGCGGACCCGCAGUUCCCCUUCAAGGUUCUCAUGGAGGAAUUGGUGGGCGUUGGGUCCACCACCCUCGGCGACAUGUCCUCCCGCCCGAAUUUCGGGCUCAACGAGCUCGAUUUCGUGUUUUCAACUCUAGUCGUAGGUUUAAUUCUGAAUUUUCUGCUAAUGUAUCUCCUCGCACCCACAACCUCCUCUUUACCCCAAGCUUUACCCUCCAUUUUUGCCAAUUGUCCGCCGAGCUACAUGUUUCAGCCCGGCCCUUACACCCUGAUCGACCGGCUGGGCACGCUGGUUUACAAGGGGAUCGUGUUCGCCGCCGUCGGGUUUCCGGCGGGGCUGCUAGGAACCUCCAUUACCAACGGGCUGAUCACGAUGAGGAAGAAGAUGGACCCGAGCUUCGAAACGCCAAACAAGCCGCCCCCGACGCUCCUGAACGCUUCGACGUGGGCACUUCACAUGGGCACCAGCUGCAGCCUGAGAUACCAAACACUGAACGGAAUCGAAUUCUUGCUGGCAACGGGGCUUCCUCCGCCGGCGUUCAAGGUGGCGGUGUUUAUACUGAGAUUGGUAAACAACGUUGUCGGGGGAAUGACGUUUGUGAUGCUGGCAAGGUUUACUGGUUCGCAGAAGGUGGGAAAAGUGGACGGCGUUGCUGCCGAAGAUGGAUUGGGUUCAGCAAAAGAGAAGCUGUUGAAUAACGGCGAGGAUUUACACAAGGAAGAGACUGUUUAG